AUGACUCGCCUGAUCAAAGCCCUCCCCGACGAAGUAUUGUUCUAUUUCCCACGUUCAAGCCAUGACUCGCCUGACCUGAGUCCACCGCGGAGAACCAGUAGGAAACAUUCACCAAGUCAAAGUCCUACUAAAAGGCGACAUACCUCACAUUCGGAUAGCAGCCCACCGAGGCGUCGACAACGCCAAGAUUCCUCCGACUCUAGUCCUGUGCGAAGACAUCAGUCAGCCAACGACGACCUGUCGCCACCUAGGAAGCGAAGAGAUCACUCGGAGGACCUCUCACCCCCGCGCCGGUCAGAGAAUGGUAUCAAAGAUGGCGGCAUAGGAUCGAAAGUAAUGGCGGAUGGCACCAAAGCUGGGUUGGUGGAAGCCAGUAUGGUGGUAGAGGCUGGCCGGCGAAAGAAGGAGAAGGAAGAUCGCGAUUUCGCGAAGUUGGACGAAGCAACAAUGGGACGCCACGCUGAGACUGUCAGGCGGGAUAAGAAAACGGGUAAGAAGAUAGAUCCAAAACUAGAGAGACUCCAGCAAAGGGACGCCGAUAAUAAAAGGGAGGCUGCCGAACACGCCGCUCUCCGAUGGGGUAAAGGGGCGGUGCAAGAACGCACACAGCAGCAGAAAAUGGAGGACGACAUCAAGGUCAUGGCCCAGCCCUUUGCCAGAACGGCCGACGACAAAGACCUGAACGACAUGCUCAAGGAGAGGCACAGAGCGGAAGACCCCAUGGCGCACUUGGUCAAGAAGAAAACAAAGAAGCAACUGCCGGUCUAUAAAGGCGCUGCCCCGCCCCCCAACCGAUACAACAUAUGGCCGGGCUACAGGUGGGAUGGUGUAGAUCGCGGCAACCAAUUCGAGAAGAAAUUGUUCACAAUGCAGGCCGACGCAUCGGCCAACGCAGCCGACUACCUGGCGUGGGCUACAGAGGACAUGUAG